AUGGAUUUAAUGGCCUAUGUACCCCAUUUUUCAGAGGCGCCAAAUUUGGAGCGUAUUCCAGUUAUCCGACAUAUCUGCGAACAGCCGCAAGAACAAGAUGAAUUAAUGAAUAUCAGACAGGGGAAUAAAAUUUGGACAAAGUUGAGUCGAUGGUUUUUAAGACAACGUAUUGUAUCCCGAAAACAUCCCCUGACUCGUUGGUGUCUGAAAAGCACAACUGCCGUGAAUUAUGAAAUUUCAAGGCACCUCAAGUCACAUCCAUAUAUGAUACAUCCGUUCAGUUUGUUUAGGAUCGUCUGGGAAUCAUUAAUGACAGUGUUCACCAUUAUAUCCCUUCUAAUUACACCAGUUUCCAUAACAUUCUACUACGAGCAUCACGAAAAUUGGCAUACGAUGAACGACAUAAUGAACAUAGUGUUUCUAUGCGACAUUGUCAUGUGGUUCUUUACAGGUUACUAUGAUUAUCCGACGAAGGUCAUAGUUCUUGACCCUAUGAUAGUGGCACGAAAAUAUUUACAGAGUUAUUUCCUCAUAGACCUUCUAACCGUACUACCCAUAGGAAUCCUCGAUUAUGUAGUACCUAACUCGUUAUGGUACUGUACUACGUUGAACAUGAUGAAGAUAUUAAGAGUUCGUAAUAUUAUCGUUUAUUCACGCAGACUUCACAACGUAUACAGAAUAGGUUUCCAGGUGCACAAAAUCUUGGAGACUAUUGCUAUUAUCGUAACAUGCAUUCACUGGUCUGCUUGUCUCGAGUAUUACGUUCCUAAAUCUGUGGAAGUAUUAGGCACAUUAAGUAACGACUCUUGGAUCAAAUCUGCUUACUUUCAAAAUAAGAAAACGUUCGUGAAGAAGUAUCUGGUGUGCUUAAAUCGUGCAACCAUCGCUUUCGUUCGUUCUGCUCACUAUUUAAACAUGGAAACACCGGAGGAUAUUAUACUAAACAUGUUUCUAACGAUCCUUGGUUUCCUUGGCGUGAUAUUUCUAUUAACGCAAUUCUCCCAACUGAUGACGACGUUUAACAUAACUAUCAAGCGUCACUUGAAGAUAAUACAACAACUGCAAGAGUAUAUCAGAUACAAAGAACUUCCGUAUGCUUUGCAACGUCGUUUAUUAGAGUUUUAUCAUUAUCGCAACAAAAAAGGCUUCGAGAGAAAUAAAAAGAUUAUAGACGAAGUUUCGCCGUAUCUGCGUGAGGAGCUGAUUUUACAUAAUUAUAUGAGGCUGAUCAGCAGCGUAGAAUUGUUCAAGCAUCUACCGGAAACUGUGGUGAUACAGUUAAGCAGCGCGUUGCGUUCUGAAAUCUAUAUGACUGGUGACGAGGUCGUGAAGGCUGGUACUCGCGGUGAAGCUCUGUACUUCGUCUCUUCCGGUACCGUGGCUGUCUACACUGCUGUGGGAAAAGAAGUUUGUCACUUGGAAGACGGAAGUUACUUUGGGGAGAUCGCACUGGUGAUGGACAGCGAGCACAGAAUCGCCACUGUGGUCGCGGUGGAGAUCUGUGAAAUUAAUGUGCUGCGCCGCGACGACUUCCGAAGAUUCAUCUCGCCCUAUCCUGAUCUAUUGAAUCGCCUGCAGAACGUCGCUCUCGAUCACCUGAACAAGAGCCUUCUUCUCGACGUCGCGCAGGAUUUAGCUGUCUCUCACACGCCUCAGUAUAUCAACAUCAGCAGUAUAAAGAGCAAAAGAUUUAUUCAUUAA